AGAGACUUUUCCAUCUCAAUCCCCAUUGGUCACAUCCCAAACUCCACCAAUAAAAUCCCGCCGCGCAACUCACUCGCACCCUUAACCCGUCCGAGCAAAUCACACCCAAUACCCUCUCUCUGCGCGAUGCUUUCCACGUCGAGACACUGAGAGAGUACUAGCCAGAGUUGAGAGAGAGUUCACUGCCUACACAACACCAAAGAGACGAGUAACCAUAGCCUAUAGCUUCUCUCUCUCUUUCUCUCUCAUCUGACUGUGUUUUAGAGAGAGAAAGAGAGACUUCUAGCGCUGUGUGUGUGUGUGUGUGUAUGUGAAGCAAAUGUGAGUCAAAUAUUCGCUCCAAUCAGAGUUUCUCGUGAAUUUUGGUGAGUCAUGGAGCCAGCAAUUGAUAUCUUGCCGAGUAAUCACGCUACUCCGAUUGUUCAACCUGUAUCAAAAACUGGGUUUUACACAAUUGAAUAUAAAAGACGGAAGUUGUCCAGUAAUGGAAAGGAUUAUGGUAGAACAGUCUUCUCUACAAGCAAGCAUGAUGAUAGUGAACAGAAGAAACCAAAGGUCUCUCCACAAGUUAUUGAUUACAGCGAUCCAUUUGCUAUCCCUAACUUGCUGGAAAGUAUAGACUGUGGUAAAUAUGGAAGUGUUACGAAAGAUAUAAAAGCCCUCAUUGCUAGAAAGAUGCAGACGCUGAACCCGUAUUUUGCGAAGUAUCCUGCACUUUCAAAUACAUUCUUGGAAGCGGAAAAGAACCAGAGUAAAGAGGCUUCGAAAGAAGCUACUCGUUUGCCUGAUAACCAUGUCAUUGAUUUGGAGGAUGACUGUACUGUAAAUGAUGCUAAAGCAAUAUCACUACAACAUGUAAAUGAUGCUAAAGCAUUAUCACAUCCUGUUGUGGUCAUUGACUCAGAUGAGGAAGACAAUGGAUGUCAGAAUCAUUUUGUUCCUUUCCAGGAGGUUGUCUUGCCAAAACCAGCUGGUCAGUUUCUCAUGAAGGACUUUUUGGACUUCCGUGCUCCACCUAGUCAUUCUGCAAGAGGUGGAGGUCAAUCACAUAGUUACCCUGCAAAAGGUGGAGCUCAAGCACGUAGUUACACCGCAAAAGGUGGAGCUCAACAAGAAGAACCAAGAGGCGAACUUGAAAUUAAGAAAGAAAAAGGUGAGUAUGUUGGCAUAGAAGAUGAAGACAAUCAUCCUGACGCUGAAGAUGAUGGGCUAGAAGAUAUUUGGAAGGAGAUGUCAAUGGCAUUAGAAUGUUCAAAGGAUGUUGCUCCAGAUCCUUCAUCUGAUGAAGAAGCAAGAGAAAGUGAGGAGGACUGUGAACAUUCUUUUGUUUUAAAGGAUGAUCUUGGUUAUGUUUGUCGCAUUUGCGGGGUUAUUGACAGAGGUAUUGAGACGAUAUUUGAGUUCCAGUACAAUAAGGUCAAAAGAAGUACUCGAACAUACAGUUCUGAUUCUCGGAAUGGUAAAGACAGAGACUCAACCGAGGUAGUUGGAGUUAAAUUUUCGGAAGAUGAUCUGAUUUUAGCUGAAAUCUCUGCCCAUCCAAGGCAUACAAAGCAAAUGAAACCUCAUCAGAUGGAGGGUUUCAAUUUUCUUGUUAGCAAUUUGGUGGGUGAUAAUCCUGGGGGCUGUAUCUUGGCCCAUGCUCCUGGAUCCGGAAAGACAUUUAUGAUAAUCAGUUUUAUGCAAAGUUUCCUGGGAAAGUAUCCACAUGCUAGACCACUGGUCGUGCUUCCGAAAGGAAUCUUGGCAACAUGGAAAAAGGAGUUCCAGACAUGGCAAGUAGAGGAUAUUCCACUGUAUGACUUUUACACUGUCAAAGCAGAUAAUCGAUCUCAGCAACUGGAGGUGUUGAAUAAGUGGGUAGAGAAUAAGAGUAUCCUAUUUCUAGGGUACAAACAAUUCUCAACUAUUGUUUGUGACAAUGGAACCAGCAAUAUCUCUGCUUCGUGUCAAGAAAUACUUCUUAAGGCUCCUUCGAUUCUUGUUCUGGACGAAGGACACACUCCAAGAAAUGAGAACACUGAUGUGUUGCAGUCCCUUGCAAAAGUUCAGACACCUAGAAAGGUUGUGCUUUCAGGAACCCUCUAUCAAAAUCAUGUCAAAGAGGUGUUCAACAUAGUCAAUCUUGUUCGACCAAAGUUUUUGCGAUUGGAAACCUCUCGUUCUGUUGUUAAGCGCAUCAUGAGUAGAGUUGAUAUACCAGGUGCAAGAAAGCAGUUCAAAGCAGGUGCUGAUGCAGCAUUUUAUGACUCGGUUGAACACACUUUACAGAAGGACAAAGAUUUUAGAAGGAAAGUGGCUGUUAUACAAGAUCUGCGCGAGAUGACUGGCAAGAUCCUUCACUACUAUAAAGGGGACUUCCUAGAUGAGCUUCCUGGUCUUGUUGACUUCACUGUAGUACUGAAUCUAAGUUCAAGACAGAAGCAUGAAGUUCAGAAAUUAAAGAAGUUGGCGAGGAAGUUCAAGAUAAGCUCUGUUGGAAGUGCUGUCUAUCUUCACCCAAAGUUGAAUACUCUCUCAGAGAAUCAUGCCACAGCUGAUCAUGUAGUGGAUGAGAUGAUAGGGAAAUUAGAUGUCAGAGAUGGAGUGAAAGCUAAAUUCUUUCUUAAUAUACUUAGUUUAUGUGAGUCAGCUGGAGAGAAGCUACUGGUUUUCAGUCAGUACCUCCUACCCUUAAAAUUUCUGGAGAGAUUAACAGUGCAAAUGAAGGGUUGGAUUCUCGGAAAAGAAAUUUUUGUGAUUUCAGGUGAAUCAAGUUCUGAUCAUCGUGAAUGGUCCAUGGAGCGCUUUAACAAUUCCCCUGAUGCCAAAGUAUUCUUUGGCUCGAUCAAGGCAUGUGGUGAGGGUAUAUCUUUGGUUGGGGCAUCCCGCAUAAUAAUACUGGAUGUUCAUCUUAAUCCGUCUGUGACCCGCCAAGCAAUAGGUCGUGCAUUUCGCCCAGGUCAAAAGAAGAAAGUGUUUGCAUAUAGAUUGGUAGCUGCUGAUUCACCUGAGGAGGAAGAUCACAGCACUUGCUUUAAGAAGGAAUUAAUUUCAAAGAUGUGGUUCGAAUGGAAUGAGUAUUGUGGUUAUCGGGAUUUUGAAGUGGAGACUGUUGGUGUGAAUGAGUGCGGUGAUGACUUCUUGGAAAGUCCACAGUUAGGGGAAGAUGUAAGGGUUCUGUACAAAAGGUAGAUCCUAGCAUCAUUCUAGGUCUGAGCACUGGAGUAGGCUGAAGUAUUUCUCACUUUCUGUCUGCCUUAGUGAGAAUCUUCAUCUGUUCAUACUUAGUUUGUGUAUCUUCAGGAACUUAAAAGUAGUGUAAGUAUGAUGCUUGCUCGAAAGCAACAACAGGUUUUUAUGCUUUUUUCAGUAAUCCAUUUUGGACUGCGUUUGCUAACUUCUCUUCCUGUGUGAAGGAAGCACCUGUAUAGCAUACCUUAAUGGAGUCUGGCUAUGUCGGAUUAGAUGCAUAACGGCAUGUGACAAUUUUCUGAUUGCUCUUAGAAUCACCGAAGUUUAUGUAACAUGUCUUUGUACAGGCAGUUUUUCAUUACUGUUACUAGAAUCAGCCUUGUCUGUGAUAAAUGUCUGUGUACAAGGAACAAUGGGUUUUAGAUAGAAAAGAAAAAGUAGCUUUGUGGUUUUGGAAAUGCACUGUUGUUUGGUUAAAAAUCAUGUGAAUUGCUGUUUAAUGUUAAUUGUCUUAUGCCUUGAAGUGGUGUUGUGGUA